CUUGCCAGAGAAAGCGAAGCUGUGGUUGCAUCUGUUGGGUAUCGUCUGGCACCUGAGCAUAAGCCCCCAGCCCAGUACGAGGACUGUCUCACAGCUGCCAUACACUUCAUGAGGAAUUCAGAAGACUAUGGAGUGGAUCCGACACAUAUUAUCAUAGCUGGGGACAGUGCUGGAGCCUACCUUGCUGCUACCGUUACUCAAACACUCACAAGUAGGCCAGACCUUCCUAAACUUCGUGCUCAGGUUUUGAUGUAUCCAUUUGUCCAAGGACUCGACUUCAAUUUACCGUCGUAUCAGCAAUACUGUAUGAUCCCAAUAUUGCCCCGAGAACAAGUUGUUUUCUUUGCUUUGCAGUGGCUGAAAAGGGAACCAUCACUUUAUAAAACUGUGCUGGAGGGUGCCCAUGUUCCUCCAGAAAUAAGACUGAAGUACAGGAAAUGGCUGAGCCCUGACAACAUCCCUAAGGAAUUUAAGGUCAGGGGCUACAAGCCCCAUUUUCCCACUGAGUAUAGAAAAGAUGUCUAUGAGCAAAUUAAAGUAUCGUUUGACCCACUUACUUCCCCACUUUUAGCUGAAGAUGCCAUUGUUUGUCAGCUCCCUGAGACUUUCAUUAUGACCUGUGAAUAUGAUGUGCUUAGGGAUGACGGGCUCUUGUACAAGAAACGAUUGGAGGACAGCGGUGUCCCAGUAACUUGGUACCAUGGUGAAGAUGCUUUCCAUGGAAUUAUUAACCUGUUUGAUAAUGGCAUGCUGACAUUUCCAGCUGGAAAAAGGGGACUGGACAAUAUUGUAAACUUUCUAAGAGACUUAUAAAAAACAACUUUCAUUUCUUUGAUUAUUACCCUCUCACAGAACCACAUAGAAAUAAGGCUAAAGUGGGUCUCAGGAGCUCAUCUAGUCCCACUUCCAGCUCAAUGCAGGAUUCUCCAUAUCAAAACUAUUGGCAAAAUGUUUGUCCAGUGACUGGACUUCCACAACCACUGCACCUUUUCUCUUCCAAUAUUUAACCACCUAUCCCACCAACUUGGAAUGUUUUUUGUAACAUCCAUCCUAAAAUAUCCCUUGGCGCAAUCUAAGCCCAGUUUUGCCUGUCCUCUCCAGAUACAAAAUAUGUGACCACUGUCCUCUUUAGAAGAACGUUUUUUUGUAAUCGGAGACUAUUCAAAUUCCUCUGUCCCCCUCCCAGUCUUCUUCUCUCCACACUAUAUAAUCCAAAUGCUUUUAUCCUUUCUUAAUAUGUCUUCUCUUC